AUGGAGACACCACAUAUCGAUCAUUUAACGGCUCAGGACUAUGAAUGCGUUUACGAACCAGCAGAAGAUUCCUUUCUGCUAUUAGAUGCUCUGGAAUCUGAUUUAAAUUUUAUAGAGCAUACAUUAAAACCUAUAGUUUGUUUAGAAAUUGGACCUGGUAGUGGUGUAAUUAUUACAGCUUUAUCUAAACGUCUCAAUAGUACCACUUUAUGCUUGGCUUGUGAUAUAAAUCCAUAUGCUUGUCAAGUGACUAAACGAACUGCCUUGCGAAAUGCCUCACAAGUUGAUUGUAUACAGGGAAAUCUAGCAGAUGCUCUUAAUUCGCAGCAGGUUGACUUGUUAAUAUUUAAUCCACCUUAUGUGGUUACAACCGAUGAGGAACUUAACCAAAAACAAUUUGGCAAUUGUACGGAAGAUAAUCUGGUGUAUUCGUGGGCUGGUGGACAACACGGAAGACGUAUUAUUGACGUAUUAAUUGAAAAGUUGCCCAAUAUUUUGUCUCCUCAGGGUGUAGUAUAUUUGCUUUUAUUAAGAGAAAACAAACCAAAAGAAAUAAUGGACAAAUUAUCGCUAAUGGGAUUUAAAAGUGAACCGCUUAUGGAACGACGCAUACCAGGCGAAUAUUUGUAUGUUUUAAAGAUAAAACGUUAAUUUGUACUACUAAUAUUUUAGAAAUUAAAAAAAUAAAUGCGAGUAUGUACUUUUUCA